AUGGGAAAUAGUGCUCCUGUACCUGUAUCUAAUAAAAAACUCGGCGUUCCUAUAGCUUCUCACGUUACAUCAAACCGUAUGUAUCCAAUCCAGCAACGAGGACCAAUUUUAAGUGCUUUUAUUUUAUUUCCAGACGCAAGCAAUGCUUCAGAGUAUUCACAGCUUUUCCAUGUAAUCACCGUAAGUCCCAGAAAUAUCGACAUGUUCUGUCUGCUCACCGGAGACAUAAGAAGCCCUAGAUAUUCACCUGUGCACGGUAUCCAAAUAAUUUCAGCUGUAAAUUGCAAGGAAAGUAUACUCGGAAAUGUCAUUGUGGUAGGAGAAUCAGAUAAAGUCUUUAAAGUGAUUGACUCUUAUUCGUUGCGAAGCAUUUCUCAGUUUAGUGCUGGAGGGACUGGAAAAAUCACAACGAUGAUUUCCCCAGUGCCAGAUUUGCUUUAUGCAGGGUUACAUGAUGGGUGCAUUAGAGUUUGGCAUCUUGCAGCUCAAGAGCCUCAAUUAGAAAUUAAAGGACCAGCGAAAAUGCCUGGAGUCAGAGCACUUGCUUAUUCUAAUAAGCAUAGAUUUAUUAUAUCAGGGUAUGAUAAUUCUUAUCAAGUUGAUGAUGGGAGCCAAGUAAAGCUGGAUUCAAACCCUUUAAAAAUGUUUUACAUGAAUGCUUUAGCACAAGCUUUCGAGCCGAUUUUAUUACUCCCCCGUCUGUAAGCGAACAAAAGAACAUUUGUUUGAUCAGGGAAAGGGCUAAUUUUUUUUAAAAAAAUAAUAAAUUUAUAGUAAUUUCUUUUCGAAAAUUUAAAAAAUCCAAACAAAAUUGAGAUAUAAAAAUUAAUUUAAUCUGUAGAAUUUAUGUUUUAAAACACAAGCUGUUUAGAAUUAGCUCGAGAUUCCUUUAUACAAAUUAUCACUUAUAUCAAAUAUUUUUUUCAUAAAAAAUUUUUGUUCACUCAAAAAAUAGGUAUUCUUCCAAUGGCUUUGCUCGCCCUCGGAGGGGGAGUUAGAAGGAUUUACAGGAAGCUGCUUUUCUAUUUCUUUGGUUGAAUCAAAGAAUUUCGCUAUUGCGUUGAGCUCACAAGGCAGUGAAAUCCAUAUAUGGGACUAUUUAACUUGCUAUAAAAUCCUUAAUUUUAGUGUCCCAAGUACUGGAAUCAACCCAGAAAUUUCAUGCAAAAUUUUCAGUUUGGUUUUGCCGGAUGAAAAUGACUGCUUAUUAAUAGGAAAAAGUGACGGGUCAAUUUUAGCAAGCACACUUAUGUUUUCACUUGAAAACUUAUCACUGACCUGGACUCCACAGCAGAGAAUUAUGCCAAAGCUUCAAGAAAAAGGAAUUGAAGGCAUUGAAAUGAUCACUUUUAUUGAUUAUGUUCCUAAGCUUGAUGCAGUGCUUAUAGGCAAUGCAUCGUCAAAUGCAAUAAUUAUUUCCAAUUUUUUCAGUGAUUGUUUAGGUAUGGAAGCUCCUAAUGAGAGGAGAAACAUUUUGAAAGCAAAUGAUAGUGUAGAAGAAAUUGUGGAACUGAAGCCUGGAAGUGAGUUAGGGAUGAGCUCUAAGGAAAAAAUGUUUGAAGAGGAGAGACAAAAAAUAUUGAAAACUGCAGAGGAGGAAAUAAAGAAUAAUUAA